CCGAGGGCGAAGCCGUUCUGAGGCCGUCGCAUUUCGAGGGGAGAGCAGGGGGGAGCCCAAGCAGUAUUCUACGGAGGGUGGACUUGGGUUACCCUUCCUCUUGGCUCUCAGGGCUGGAGGUGCCACCGGUUCCUGCCUGGGCCCGAGGGAAGGCUGCUGGCACCGCCGGGUUGACCCCCGGAGAGGGGAAAGAAGUGAUUUAAUUGCCCACCUGCUGAUCUCCAGUUUCUUGUGGGUUUGUGAGAGGCUGCAAGCUUUAGCAAUCCUGUCUAAAUUAUUUUUGAAACCUUUCCUUUUUAAAAAGAAACCUGUUGCUGCAGCUUAGUAGUAUUUAGUUUCUGUGCCCCCGUGAGAUGAGGGUCCUGGAAUCCAUAUCUAGUGAAAUGUUCAGCUAAAGCAGAGAUUUCCACCCCAGGUGGUUUUUCUGUCCUACAGUAGUAUUUCCAUUUCAAAGGAAGUUGCAGAAUUCUUACAGAUAAUUCCAGUUCACUUUGAUUUUGUUUAAAUGUUAUGCCCAUUUUUAAGGAGUGAUAAAAGCCUAGUGAGUGAGUGUCUUUUGUGCUAUGUGCCGCCUUACCUGUGGAGAAGGUUGGAAAUCAAAGGCUUGGAAAUAAUCUUUGCCCUUGGCCAUUCAUAUCAGAUCUAGCUUGGUAAUGGUCUUGGUUUUAGAACCUUGAAAGGAAUAUGGGAUUGUAUCUGGUGUUGCAAUUUUAGUGGCCUGAAUAAAAUAAGACUUCGUGUUCUAAGGCAAUAGGUUUUCUUAGGUAGGAUAAAAAUAGCAAGGGAACCAGUUUCUGAGGUUGCAGCUAGGUGGUUAGAGAACAGGGCGAGGGGGUGGUAAACUGAAGUGUGAAGAAGGGGGUGGACAGGUGAGAGAGAUGUGGAAGGACAGAAUAGGGUCACAGAAGGGAUGGGGAGCAGAAGAAUUAAGAGAUAGACUUGGGAGAUGGGAAAAAUAUUCCUCCCUUAAAGAGAUCCUCAUUUUAGGUGGAAGUUACAAAGCAAGUGCCAAGAAAGGCAGUUAACGGUAAAAUGGUAGAGAAGUGCUGAGGCUGUCUUAUGGAACUUCACUUUAGAACUUAAUUUUAUCUGAGAUUUUUUCCCACCCUCUUGCAAAUUCAUUAAAUAUCAACUUUCAUUAGUAUAUGGCUUUUAGGUUUAGAAUACUUUUGUGAACAUCCCCUCAUUUGAUUCUCAUGAUAAUCUCUGUUUCAAGUUAACAGCGUAUAAUUAUCCCCCAUUUUUCAGAUGAGUGUUCUCAUCUGAAUUGAGGUCCAGAGACUUUAAGUGACUUGUGAGGUCUCUGAAUUUUAGUUCAGUCCCUCUAUACAGGAUACUUCAGUAACUAUUAAUUCAAAGGAUUUGCCUGAUAUAUUUUUAUUUAUUUAUUUUUAUUUUCUUAAAGAUUUUAUUUAUUUAUUCAUGAGAGACACACAGAGAGAGGCAGAGACACAGGCAGAGGGAGAAGCAGGCUCCAUGCAGGGAGCCGGACAAGGGACUGGAUCCUGGGUCUCCAGGAUCAGGCCCAGGGCUGAAGGAGGCGCUAAACCGCUGAGCCACCUGGACUGCCCCUGCCUGAUACUUUAGAUGUCCACACAGCCUGGCCUUUAAUUCAGUGGCAAUAUGGUUGAAUGCUUGGUUAAAUUAGAAGAGAUUAGAGUAUACUAUUUCUUAACAAGCAAGGAACUAGAUUAGUAUUCUUUCUUGCCAUUGCUAUGCUUCGUUAAGACUUUAGAGGGCAGAGGUGAUGCUGGUGGGGUGAAGUAGAAACUAUAACCACUACUUACUGAGCUUUUCCAUUGUGCUUGCAGUAAUAAGUGGUUUAUGUUCAUGGUCUCAUUUAAUUCUGGCAACACGUUGAGGUAGCUCCUGUGAUGAUCCCUAUUGUAUAGGAGAGGACAUUUGAAACUACAGAAUGUAAUAAUUGCCUUUCUCUGCUGACUUCUUAAUUUUAAAAUAUUUUUAUUAUUAAUUUUUUUAAAGAUUUAUUUUAUUCAUGAGAGACAGAGGGAGAGAGGCAGAGACAUAGGUGGAGGGAAAAGCAGGCUCCCCGCAGGGAGCCCGACGAGGGACUCUAUCCGGGAUCCUGGGAUCAUGCCCUGAGCUGAAGGCAGACGCUCAACUGCUGAGCCACCCAGACGUCCCUAUUAUUAAAUAUUUUAAACAUAUGAAUUUAUCGGAAAUAACGUAAUGAUACCAUUAUAUACAUCAUUCAGCUUUAUCUUAUUGAUGUAGGCAGGCUGAAUCUGAAGGGGUCUCUCAGAUACCAGCUGACAGGGUCCUUGGCUUCACACAGGAUGGAAAUCAAAUGGGAACCAGGAGCAAGUGAGCAGAGUUCAUUGAAUAGUGUGAUAGAGUAUAACAGAUGAACUGUCUGGGAGACCCGGGAAAUGAAAAGUCUCUCUGUCACUUGAGGUUGUGGAUUUAUAUUGGAAAGAGAUCCGGGGUAAAUAUUCAGGAACCCAAGGUAGCCUCUGACCAAAGGUGAGUGUCAGGUGAUCAAUAGGUGUUAUAACAUUUAUCACUGAAGGUAGGGUGCCAGUGUCAGCCAUGGUUUGUUUGAAGCUAAUGUCUAAGAACAUGUUUGGGAUCUGGUUCUUGGAUGUUAUCAGGUGUUUGGAGCCUAGGAUAGAACUUAGAGAACGAUUAACUUUCUUGUCUCCCCUUAGAGGGGCAACAUAGCUUUGUUUUACUCAGAUGCAAAAUAUAGAACAUGAGUAAGUGGGACUUAGAGAAACAGGAGAAAUGGAAUCUUUCUAACAUGGUUUCUCUGUCUCAUUAUGUUGCUCCUCCCUCCCCCCUUUUAGCCCCGGCACAGGGCUUGAACUCAAAACACUGAGGUUGAGACCUGAGCUGAUAUCAAGAGACAGUUGCUUAACCAACUGAGCCACCCAGGCGCCCUGCCACGUAUAUCUAUUUUUAAAGUAAUUUCUAUGUGCCCAAUAUGGGGCUCAAACAACCUCAGGGUCAGGAGUCCCAGCCAGAUACCCCUUGGCAUCUUUCAUAUAGGUCUUUAAAAAAAAUUUAAGAAAUGAAACAUUACAGAUAUAAUUGAAGUUAAUCAUGCCUCCUUGCCAUUUCUCUUCCCCUCUCCACCACCAGAGGUAACCAUUAUCCUGAAUUUUGAGCUUCUUAUUCCCAUGCACGUUUUUAUAAUUUAAUGAUACAUAUAUGUAUCCAUACACUAUAUGGUAUUGUUUCUCUAACAAAUUGCAAGAAAAAAGAUGAGGAAUCUAUAGAUUAGAAUAUAAAACAUAUCAGCCAGUUGUAGUGUGUAGAUUUAUUUGGAUGCUGAUUUUUUUUAAUCCUUAAAAGUAAGAUGUAUAAAAUAAUUGGGAUACCCGAACCAUGUAUUUUAUCGUAAGGAAUCCUUGUUACUUACAGGUGAAAUGAUGUGGUACCUGGGAUUUGCUUCUGUAUAAUCCAGUAAAGUGGAGGAGUAGAUGGGACAAGAUUUGCUAUAGGUUGAUAGUUGUUGGGGCUGAGUGAUAGGCAUGUGGGGUUUGUUAUACUGUUAUUUUUGUAUAUCCUUUAAGUUAUGUGUAAUAAAAGGCAUUUUCUUAAAUGAGGAAUUAAAAUUGUGGAGAGAAUGAUUUGUACAAGGUAAAAAUUGUAUUGUUUUGCAUGCUUUUGCUCCCAAGCAUGUUGGAACAUUCCCUGAAAGCUCAGGAAAGCCAGCUCUGUGCCUCUGGUUGUUAUGUAGGAAUUCUUUCACUUGCUAUGAAGGAUAUCGGUCAUGUGUAUAUAGUCAAGUUUGCAAGUAAUGAUGUUUUUCUUCCAGUGAGACUUGGCCACAUUUCUCAUGUUCUUCCCUGGGAAUUCAAGGGAAGCCUGUGUAUAAUAAAGUGACUUAAAUUAUUUUUGCCAAGGGAUCAAAGCCCUCUUCAGUAUCUUUAUCUUUCAUAGUAUAUUAGAGAGUGUACUGAAAUUAGAAGGCUCUGCCAUUUGCUAACCAACCCUGGGCAAAUCAAUGACAAGGGUAGCAGAAAAGACAUUACCUUUGGAAUUAGAACUGGGUUUGGAUCCUUGUUCUAGUAUUAAUUGGUCUGUGUGCUUUUUUUUUUUUAAUUUUUAUUUAUUUAUGAUAGAGAGAGAGGCAGAGGGAGAGGCAGGCUCCAUGCACCGGGAGCCCGACGUGGGAUUCGAUCCCGGGUCUCCAAGAUUGUGCCCUGGGCCAAAGGCAGGCGCUAAACCGCUGCGCCACCCAGGGAUCCCGGUCUGUGUGCUUGUUAAAGUGACUUAGUGCCUCUUAACUUUAGUUCCUAAGAGUGAACAUUUAUUGAACUCUUCAUUUGCUCAUGCCAGCUGCUUGAACUAGACUUUUUGGAAGGAGUUUGGAUGAGAGUGGGGAUAGUGACUCAGAAAGGGCUUUUCAGAAAUAUAGGUCCUUAACUUCAGUGCCUGUGAUACUUGUGCUUGACACCUAAAACUUUAAGUAGAAUUUUUCUUAGUGCAGCCUAAAGAAAUAAUAUAAAAUAAUCCAGUCACUGGGCAGAGAAAAUUACUUUUCUCUUCAUAGAGGCACCUACUUCAAUGCCUGCAGUACCUGGAACUCUCUCAUACAAUGCUGGAAUAUUGGUAAAAUAAGAUAAAAAGUCUUAGCAGCCUAAGUUUAAAUACAACAGAAAGCUUAGUUUAUUUGGUAAGGUCUAUGUUACAGAGUUAUGUUGAGGAGUUAAAUUCGAAGUUUUAAAAUGUUUCACAGUGCCUGAUUUAUAAUAGGUACUUAAUAUUUCUUUCCCAUCUCAUAAGAUGAGUAAAUUUAAGUUUCUUUUUAAAAUUUUUUAUUUACUUAUCUCCCAGUUUUAUUGAGAUAAAAUUGAUGUAUAAUAGUGCAUAUUAGUUUAAGACAUAUGAUAUAAUGAUAAAUGUACAUAUUACUAAAUCAUUACCACAGUAAGAGAAGUUAUCAUACAUCACCUCACAUAGUUACAAUUUUUUUCUCAUGAUGAGAACUUUUAAAAUCUACUCUCUCAGCAAUUUUCAAAUAUAAAAUACAGUAUGGUUAACUAUAGUCACCAUGUUAUACAUUAUAUAAAUCCUAACUCUAAAGUUCUAUAAUCCCUCUCCUUUCCUUCUCUUUCUCCAGUACUUUAUUGUCCAUACCAUUUUGUUUUCUCAUAUUGGUGCAUAACUUUCAAUGUUAUCUCCCUAGGAGGAUUAUACAUUUUUGUAAGUAGGCUCCACACCCAGCAUGGAGCCAAAUGUGGGGCUCAAACUCACAACCACAAGAUCAAGACCUGAGCAGAGAUCAAGAGUUGGACACUUAACUGAGCCACCCAGAGAGCUGCAUUAUAUAUUCUUUAAUGGUGGAAACCAUAUCUUUAUUUUUAAGAAGUCCUAUAGAAACAUAUUAUCUUGUUCAGUGCUAUAUGAUGAUAUUAGCUCAGAAAAUGUUUUCUGAAAGAAUGCAUGAAAUAAAUAUAAAAUUCAGGAUAUGGAGGGAAAGUGGGGUGGGGGGAAAUUUACAGUUAGAAUGCUAAUAAGGAAUUUUCCAAAUUAUUAAGUUUAAUGUUUAAGCAUUUCUUACAGCUUCUCAGAUGUUGACAUGAUAUGUGAAAUAGGAGUUUUUUAUCACCUUUCCUAUCUAGAAAAUUAUUUAUUUAUUUUUAAGAUUUUAUUUAUUCAUGGGAGACAGAGAGAGAGAGAGGCAGAGACACAGGCAGAGGGAGAAGCAGGCUCCAUGCUGGGAUCCCGGGUCUCCAGGAUCAUGACCUGGGCUGAAGGCAGUGCUAAACCGCUGAGCACCCCCCAGCUGCCCUAGAAAAUAAUUUAGAUUAGGUCCAUCAUUGACUGUUUAAAAGCUAGGUUUUAAAGUAAUAUACAAAUAUUCAAGUAGAAAAGUAGAAUGACCCUGAAGUCUCCCCUUGAUAGCUCUAGGUCCCCUCAUAGGAUAUAAUAGUCAUCAGUUUUGUGUUUAUAUUUUUCUGGAUCUGUUCUUGCAUUUAUUAUAUAAAUUGAAAAUGAGACUUUAGCAUGUGUGAUCAUGAUUAACUAGUAGAUCUUGGUGGACUUUUAGACAUUGCCUAGUCCCCCUUCUCCAUCCUGUCCCCAUUUUAUAAAUGAGGAAACAAGUCCAAAUGGUUAAGUGGCUUACCCAACUAAUUGCAGCUGGUUAGUGACAGAACCAGGACUGCAAGCAAUGUCUCAGUACUCCCAAGCCAGUAUUCAUCUUUGGAGCAAUGAUAUUCUGAAGAAAGUACAAAAUUGUUGGGAGGAACAAAACUAGUUCCUUAGUUGCAUAAUUUUUCCUCUAAAGGUUUUUCUUUGAUGUUCUUGACUCAAAAUCCAACUUUCUGGUAUUUAAAAAAAAAAAUCAAGAUCAAAAUUAAUAGGUGGAGCACCUUAAAGCAUAAUACAGUUGACUUUGUAAUUAGCAGAGUUGAAAGUGAUGAGAAGAUCCUCUAAUUUUCUUUGUGCCUGCAGGAAGGUGGGAGUCAAUCAUUUUGACAAGUCUCCUGAAAGGAACAGCUAGCGGGAGCUGAAACCUUUUUCCAUUUGGUCUCGUGGCAAAGAGAUCACACCAGCAGCUCCACACAAUAUGACGUGCUCACUAGUGCCCUCUGAACAGUCUUCUGGAACUUCUCUCUUGCCUAAAGACAAUGCCCCAUUUUCUUGGGGUUCCUUGGAUGAGGAUGGAUUGGAUGACUCCUUGCUGGAUCUGUCUGAGGGAGAAGAAGAUGAUGGCCAUUUCAGUUUCACAGAGGAAGAUAUUCAGGAGCUCCUGAAGGAUGAUGACCUAUCAAAUGAGCACUUUUCUUGGGGAGGAGUGUUGCUUAAAGAUAAUAGGCAUGUUGAGAAGGGAGGGAAAGGGAAUGAAAUUCUAUUGGACACUUCCCAAGAGAAAAAUUCAUUGUACAGCUUGGGACCAGUAGCCGAGACCCCUGGCCUCUUAAAACUACCUCAACUAAGCACAUCAGUUGGUAAUGGACCAACUCCUACUAAACCAUUAAACAGACACUUUGCACUAGAAAAGAAUCUUAUAAAAAUAACAGUUGUUGCACCAUUUGAUCCAACAGUUUGUGAUGCUGUGCUUGAUAAGGACAAGACUGAUUCAUCCAAAGAUACUGAAAAACCCUCCUCCCUUGGGGAAGAGAUGAGAAAAGGUGGUCUUAGUCCAAAUGAGAGCAAACCCUGCAGUGAGUCUGAAGGGAUCAGUCCCAGUAAUUCUGCUUGGGAUGCGCCCCCACUCUCUUCUUCAGACAAUGACUUUGAACAAACUGCGUCUGAUAAAAAUAUGCCUGACAGUAAGAGACCUACACCUGUAUUCUCUCAGAUCUUAGACCAUUCAGAGACUCCUAAUACGGGGUCAUCCUGGAAAAAUGGAUCACAUAAAUCAAAUUGUGAAGUGAGGUUUCCAGUUGUUUCCAGUUCAUCAAACAAAGAUGUUCUUGACAAGGAUUCUGGGAAACUGAAAGUCAAUGAGAGAAGACUGGGCAAAGUCAUUCCUGUUCUGCAAGCCAAAAGAAGGACUAAUGUUCCGACGUUUUCACAAUCAGAUCUAGAAAAGCAGAAGGAAAGUUAUCUCAAGGAAGUCAUUGCUCAUAUAGAACACCCAAAGGACACUAACCAAGGUGCCUUGGGGGAACUGUAUGCCUUGAUGGGUCAAGUUCAUCAUAUGCAGAACCCAAAAUGGCAGCAUCCUUCGGACCUCACCAUGCGAAACUACGCUCGGUUCCGGCAGAAACCUUUGCAAAGAUACAGUCUGACUCAGUGGGUCGACAGGAACAUGCGAACCCACCAUCGUUUCCAGCGUCUCCCGGACUUCCCAGCGAGUCCAUUUGUCUCAUCCCAUCAGCAGUGAAGGUCCCUAUCCAGGGUCCUGUUCAGAGCAGCAUCUCAUCUUCUGCUCUUUUGUGCUUUGUAGAUUUUGAAUUUUAUUUUUCACAAGAUUUUUAUUUAAAGAACUUGUCACCUUUGGAAAUUCCCAUUGCUGACUUGAGAAUUUUUUUUGUAUAAGGUCCUUCUUGUUUGUCUGUGUGCAUGCAUUUAAGCACUGUUAAUUUUUUAUUUUUUUAUUUAAAUCAAAGGUGGCCACUUCUUGAAAGCCAGCAUUAAGCCAGAAUACCUAGGCUCAAGCCAAACCCCAAAUGCAAACCCCCACCUCUACACAGAGGUGAACUCUACUUCUGGUGCCCAAAAGAAAUCAUCUUGUAAUCUCCUGUAAGGAAGAGAUUACCAGGCUGCAAGCCAGUGUGAAUUAUUGCUGAUGACUUAUAAAUGGACAUAAGUCACUUUUAUAAACCCCUCUUACUUUUUUAUUUGAAUCUCCGAGGACUUGUCAGUAUUUUAAAGUUGGUAAUCCAGGACAUUUGAAGUAGGAUGGAACAGGACAAAAAUCCUGUUGAAAGGACAAGUUAAAAGUGUAAAUGUUCUCUCCUUUUUGUACUUACUAGCUGCCUUUAUUUAUUUAUUUUUGCUCCCCACCCCAUUCUUUAUUAAAUUUGUUUUGCACAAUAGAUUUAUAAAUCUUACACAUCUUAGCUCUGACAUAGGACUGCUGACUAACCCUUGUUAAUCUGUGGUCUUGUGACUGAUUGUCUUUUCUGCCUUUUCUCAAGGAUUUUCCUUCUUUUUUCCCUGGCGACCAUUGUGCUCCUUAGGUUCUGUUGAUGUGUUCCUGUAUCCUGUUAGACCCAGAUAUGCCUCUUAAGAACGCCUCCCUGCUCUCUUCAAGGAGCUUCCCACAUAGAGUCUUAACUCCAGGACAGGUUAGAAAGCCAGUACUACUGAGGUGUGAGUUGGUCUUCAGUUUCAUCCACUCAGCUCCACCUUCAGUCUUGAGUUGAUGUGUCAGUCCGUAAGCUCCAUCCUGUGGGAGAGACUUGGGAGAGGUGCUCUUUUGUCUCUGUGAUUAGUUAACAAGCAGUGCCUCUAGCUUCUGGAUGUUACCAUUUUCUUUGGUCAUACUCCUGGGACACAGUUUGACAGAACUGCUCCUGUGGGUCUAAUGUAUUUGUGAUUAAGCCUAUGUACAAAGCAUUACCUGAUCUUAAAGUUUGGUAUUCUAACUUAAGUUGAUGGACUUUGUGCAGCCAGCCUGGUGGAUGUCUGAGGAGUUUGUUCUCCUUUCUUUACAGACGGCUUUAGACGGCUUUUGGAAGGUCUUGCAGUCGGGCAUUCAUGCUGUUGCUCACCCUCUUUGAAGGCUGGGACAUAGUUAUCAUAGCAUCGCCUGUGGUGCUGGGCUAGCAGCCUCUCUUGGGUUUUGUUGGUUCAUCAGCCCCACUUUUGUACGUGAGAACCUCAUCUUAAAUACCCUACCCUGCUUUAGAAACUGACUUGGUGAAGGUUUGGUCAUUUAAGCCGCCAAUAAACUUAGAUGGAUGUCCCUAAGUGUUUACUGUUUUUACCUAGGUGAGGAUUCUCUUCCUUGGACACUAGGUUUAGAUUCUGGGACCAAAUGCAAAGUUCUGUUCAAAGGCAAGAGUCAAAAUCUAUUAUUUUAGUUGGCAUAAUGGACAUUUACUACAUUAUUCACUUUUCCAGAUUUCCCUAAAUUAGCAUGAUGGAGUAAGAGAAGCAGACAUCUACCUUUGGAAUGACAGCAUAAUAAAAAUUAAUUGUAGCUGGAAUAACUAGCACUGUAGCUGUCUAGUUCUCCACAGACAACCCAAGGAGUGAAAGGACAGCAUUUCGCUUAGGCUCAUGUUCCUGCAUUCCUGGUACAGGAGGGUUUAAGUCUGAAUGUGUAAUGGCAGCAUUGCCUUUGCCAAAUCAAAUGAGUGACGGGUUAACCAGAAAAUGUGACAAUCACAUUUCCUCUUUGCUCAAAUAAUUCUGUUUUUCCAAAGCGUUAGCAGCUUAAUUAAAUCUGUUGGACUGGGGGAGGAGAGAACUGUUCUCUAGCGGUUAACAUGGUAUUCUUGAAGAAGAAAAAAACAAAGCCAAAGAAAACUCAUUAUCAGGCAUGUUUGCCUUAGAAAUGGUAGUGGGUAAAAUCUGGAGUUCUAAUCUGUUUUUAAAGCUGCAUAUCUCAUAUGUGGUCUUGGGCUCACAGUCUAGUAUUUCCUGAGUUCUUGAGUAAGGGUUUUGUGCAUUUAACUGCCUACCUAGCUUUCUUCCUUCAGGAGACAUUUCUCACCACAGUGGUCUUGACAAAGAGUAACAAUGUGCUAUUUACAGAAGUUUACUUAUAAGAGCCUGCAAUAACCUAUAGCUUUGCAUCUCUCACAAGCCUGAUUGACUUGAGUUGUCAGGAUCAAUUAUGAAACCGAAGUUUGGUGCCUCCUCUUUAUCAUGUUUUUUCCCUUGUAGCAGUUGUGUUUAAUGUCAUUAAAAAGAAAUAAAAGUUCUUGUCGUG